AUGACUGUACAAGAAACCUCUUUUCUAAAAAGAGCCGUGGUUACGGCCGCUUUAUCCAACGAUCUUUCCGCUUCUUUUAUCCAGGACACUUUGAAGAAAGAAAACAUCGAAAAUGUCGAGGAUGACAGAUUCCUCCAAGUAGCAUCUUCCUCAAAAUCCAGAUUUGGGGCUUCUGGUAAAUCCCAGAACCAAGUCCAUCUACUGAAUUUUCACAGUUCCGGGAGUUACGCAGCAUAUACUAGAGCAGACGGAUCAUUGACCGUUUGGUUUCUUGGAAGUAAAGGUGACUUCCACACGAAUGAAACACGAAAAAAACUUGUUCCAAAUGCUGCUGGUUCAGACAGGGUAGUUACCGCUAUAUCGUGGAACCCCAAUGAACCAGCUCAGUUUGCUACUUGCUCCAAUAACAAUGAAAUCUGCUUCUGGGACGCCGAUGACGAUGUCAGUAGAAUAAAAAAACUACUUGUGGGACAUGCCAAGGUGAAGGUAAAUAGAGUACUGUUCAGCACUGGCGGGAAGUGGAUAUUAUGUGUUGCGAGAACAGAGUUUCUAUACAUACUCGAUUCUUUAAAGGAUUACAAGCAAGUGUGCAGCUAUAAGUUGCCUAAGGAACUGGACUCUGGCGAUGGGAUAACGUCCAUAUGCUGGAGUAAUUCUAAUGACUACUUUUUCACUGGAUGGAGAAGUGGUAAGAUUGUACUCUUCCAAAUUGAUGCUCUCGGUCAAGUAAGCCUAAGGUUAAAUACAAAUGGUCACCGCAAUUCAGUAACCUCCCUUAAAUUUGAUCCGCUUGGAAGAUACCUCAUCAGCGGAAGUUCAGAUGGGACCUUCACUAUAUGGGAUGCAAGUAAUAUGGUUUGUAAACGAUCCUUCAAUGAUAUCGGUGCCUCUGUUGUCUCUAUCGACGUGGAUCAUUUGGGGAAGAUUAUUGCUGUUUGUUCUGGAGAUGACAAAUUGCGUUUCUAUGAUAUGAAUACUGGCCAUCUGAUUGAGUUGGUAAAUGUAAAUGGAUUAAAAUCUGACAUUGUCUUCAAGUUUUUCCCAAACAAAUCAUGGUACAUCGUUUCAACUGGGAAUGAUGUAUUGACUGUGCAUCAAUCCAAAGCUCCAGAUGAGCUAAACUACUGGCAAGUUGCCCGGGACUCGGAGUACAACGCUAUGCACUCUCGUCCCGAAAGGCCAAACCACGCUACAGAAUUUAAAUCCUCCUCCUCCAGAGGAGCCGCUAGAGCACGGCCUGGGGCGCCUCACACACAGGGAGCAAUUGGGAAAAACAAACCUCGAGAAUCUCUGGCGAGACCUUCUAGAUUUAACAGGGAUGAAUACAGGGAUUCGGAAAGAGAAGCAGGUAGAUCUCGACCUUUUAGAUCAGGUAGAUUUACCCGUUGA